CAUAUUUCCAGGCUAGAUGAUUUUUGAUUCGCAAUACUGCCAUUGGUGUAGAUAGAACUUUUUUUUAGUUGCCAGAGGGCACAUUUGCACACCAAAGACAGAGAGAGCGAGAACAACCCCUUCUCCACUUCUCCGUCCUGAUGGGCUGUGAGGCAAGUCCUCACGUGUGCCUGUGUGGGAUGUGUUAGAGCUUCCCACCCCAUCUGCAUCCCUAGUUUUGAGUCCUCUACUCACUGGAUUGAUAGGCCACAGUGUCCUCACUGUGCUGUUGACUGGACUAUGGAAAAGGCCAAAGAGACCUCAGUCCAGGCUGAUAAUGAUCAAUACUUCUUGGGGUGGGUUGUUUGCCUUUGAAUGUACCCACUUAACCCCAGCUCCACCCACAUUUCUGUGUCUUGUCCACAUGAAUGUCUUUAAGCCCAUCUGUUAGCUGCCUUGCUGAAAUCUAGAUUUGCUGCAUUCCACAGAACUUCAAGGCUUUGCAACCCCUUUGGAGAAGGAGAUGCACUUAGCUGAGCGUGACUUGUUCUCAGUGAAUCUGUACUCGUUCGAGUGUCCGCCAGUCUCCUCUCCCCCUUACAAGGUUUCAAGAAGAGUUCAGGUAGUAUCGGAUGCUGCAGAUCAGGGCGUGGCCAUCACGGGGAACCAGACCUUCAACAACUGGAACUGGCCCAAUGCAAUGAUUUUUGCAGCCACAGUCAUCACCACCAUUGGCUAUGGCAAUGUGGCUCCCAAGACCCCUGCUGGCCGCCUCUUCUGUGUCUUCUAUGGUCUCUUUGGGGUGCCGCUCUGUCUGACCUGGAUCAGUGCCCUGGGCAAGUUCUUCGGGGGACGUGCCAAGAGGCUGGGCCAGUUCCUCACCAAGAGAGGCGUGAGCCUGCGGAAGGCGCAGAUCACAUGCACGGCCAUCUUCAUCGUGUGGGGCGUCCUGGUCCACCUGGUGAUCCCACCCUUUGUGUUCAUGGUGACCGAGGAGUGGGACUACAUCGAGGGCCUCUACUACUCCUUCAUCACCAUCUCCACCAUCGGCUUCGGUGACUUCGUGGCUGGUGUGAACCCCAGUGCCAACUACCACGCCCUGUACCGCUACUUCGUGGAGCUCUGGAUCUACCUGGGGCUGGCCUGGCUGUCCCUGUUUGUCAACUGGAAGGUGAGCAUGUUCGUGGAAGUCCACAAAGCCAUUAAGAAGCGGCGGCGGCGGCGGAAGGAGUCCUUCGAGAGCUCCCCACACUCCAAGAAGGCCCUACAGGUGGCAGGGGGUGCAGUCUCCAAGGACGUCAACAUCUUCAGCUUUCUGUCCAAAAAGGAAGAGACCUAUAAUGACCUCAUCAAGCAGAUUGGGAAGAAGGCGAUGAAGACGAGUGGGGGUGGGGAGAGGGUCCCGGGGCCAGGGCCGGGGCUGGGGCUCGAAGGCGGUGGGUUGCCAGCCCUCCCCACUUCCCUGGCACCCCUGGUGGUCUACUCCAAGAACCGGGUGCCCAGCUUGGAAGAGGUGUCACAGACACUGAGAAGCAAAGGCCACGUGUCGAGGUCCCCUGGGGACGAGGCCAAAGCACAGGCCUCUGAGGAUGGCUCUCCGCCCCCUGAGGCGCUCAUGAACCAGUUGGACCGCAUCAGUGAGGAGGGUGAGCCCUGGGACGCCAAGGACUACCACCCGCUCAUCUUCCAGAAUGCCAGCAUCACCUUUGUGAACGAGGAGGCCUGCCUCUCAGAUGAGGAGACCUCCAAGUCCUCACUGGAGGACAACCUGGCAGGGGAGGAGCAGCCCCAGGAGGGUGCUGAGCCCGAGGCACCCCUGAACAUGGGUGAGUUCCCCUCCUCGGACGAGUCCACCUUCACCAGCACCGAGUCCGAGCUCUCCGUGCCUUAUGAACAGCUGAUGGACGAGUACAACAAGGCCAGCAGCCUGAAAGGCACGUGAGGCGGGCCGGCCCCCCACUCCACCUCCGAAGACUUACUCCCUUCACCUUGGGGUGGGGACAGCCCUGGAACUGGGAGUGGGGGGCCUGGGGCCCUUCCUUACUUUCCACCCCCUCUAGCUGGAUGCUCCCCAUCAAUUGUGCAUGCCCGGGGAUGGGGCCUCUGUUCUGCAUCUGAACAGUGCCCUGGCAGUGGGGUGCACCCGGCCUGAGCUUGGCUGUGUAUUUGACAAUUCAAAGAUAGGAGCACAGGACUGACCCUCAGGAGGCCUGUGCCUGCGUGGGUCUUUGGCCGUCAUUGGGUUCAAUGUCACGCGGUUCUCUGAGGCUGGGGUCCCAGCCGUUUGAAUUCACCAGUAUUCAUGAGCAACUUCUGCUUGCCUGGUGCUGAGCUGAACAGUUCUGAGAGGAAGAGAAGGUCAUGAGAGACCCUCUGAAGUGUUUGGAGGGGGGUAUGGCUGUGAUGUGGAGGGCCGAGACACUUCAGUACCUCGGCAGGAGAAGCCCUGCUCCCCACCCACUGUGGGUGCACCGGCCAGGCCUCUACUGCAAAGCUCAGUAGCAUCGAGGCUGCUGGGGGAGAGGGGCGAAGAUGGCAGGCUGUCGCCGAAACAGUCCCGUCUCACAGGACCUGGAACAGGGCCAGUGGGGCCUGGGGCCCAGAGGCCCGGUCGUCCUUGUGGACUUACCCAGGCCUUGCCCAAAGAGCCCUUUUCUGUAUCUCAGACUCCCUUUGGCCAAGCAACGGCAGAUAGGAGGAUUUCUGGCCCCCGGAAGUGGUGGAAGUGAGGGUGACUGGGCAUGGGCCACUCGAGGCUGGGGGUCCUGGGGCUGGUAGCCAGGGAGCUGCAGGAGUGAGGCCCAACUCCAGCUGGUUCUGGCCCACCCCUCAAGCUCCUUAAGAAAGUGCACCCCCCUAUCUGCACCUGAGGACUCAUAUACCCCAUGUAGGGGUGUCCCAGAACUAGGAACUCACUGCCCCCUCCUAUUCCCACCAGCCUCCUUGGGUCUUGCCAGCUAGGCCAGGUAAGGCCAGAUUGCCCUUGGCCCACAAAUGGGGAGCGGCCAGAUGUGAAUGAGGCUCCUGUCUCCGGCUCAUGCUUGUGUGUGUAAGGGAGGAGGGGAAGGGCUAGAGAACGAGAUAAUGUGAAACUGUACGUGUUUUCGACGAGGGGUGGGCAGAACUUACUGCUGCCCGAGUUCUUGGGCACUCCAAGAUGCUCACCCUCAGGCCGGCCCACUCUGCCCUGAAUGUUUUUAUGUUUUGUUUGUUUUUUAUUUUUAUUUUUUAAUGAACUGCUGUUUUUAUAUAUCUGGAAUCCGUUGUAGGCUUCACAGCCAGCGGUUAAAGCGCAGGGUCCAGGGGGUUGGGAUGGUCCAGGGUUCACCCUUCUGCCCCAACUCAGUGGGCCCUUUCUUGGUGGCCUUGGCCAAGGUCACAGUGUCAUGAGCCAAGUUCCCAUGCAGAGCUGGGGAGAGGACAGACAGGCGGGUGAGGUGAGCAGAGGUGGGGAGGGCAUCCCUUGCAGGCCACUGGAUGCCAGGCCAGAGGGAGGUAAUCACACCCUCAGCCCAACACCCUCCCCGCCAGCCCUCCUGCACUGUCCCCACUGUCCCUCCACUGUUGGGCAGUGAUGGCAUGUGUCCACAACCCACUCGCCCUCCAGCCGGCUGUAGUCUGCCGGCCCAGCAGGCAAUGGGAAGGAGCACCUUGUAUUUUUCUGUGAAAUGUUUUAAUGAGCUAGUCUGUGGUGGCUGUCCUGGAAUCGCAAACACUGUAUGUACAUACUGGCAGUGAUGUCAAAUGUAAUUUAUUUUAACAUUUUUACAAUAAAACAUGAAGUGGACAGGCCA